AUGAAAAUGUUAUCUUUGGGAUUAUUUACGCUGUGGUGCGGUUGGAUGUGUUCGGGUGUGAGUGCGGCCUCCCUGACGAGCCGAGUGUCGGAGGCUCCUCAAGAGUGCGAGUGGCAGCGAGUCUCGGGCGGCGCGGGUGAGCCCACUAGGGUGCAGCUCGCGUGUUCUCUGCGCACCGCCGCGGGCGCAACCGACCUCCUGGCCGGUCUUAGUACAUCGCAGGCGCAACGGAUUACGGCGUUAGAUCUUCACUGCACUGAUGUGUUACUUUUUGAAAGCUCCUUGGAUGUCGGCCGACGGAAGGAAGAGGGGACUGAACUUCUCUCACGGUUUCACAAUUUAAAAGAGAUGAAGAUAGAGUCGUGCAAAAUAAGAUACGUGCCUUCCGCAGUGUUGUCGCCGCUAAGCGGACUGCGAAGCCUGACUAUUCGGACGCACAAUACCGAUUGGUCAGCGAUGUCCAUGGAGUUCCAUCGUGAUUCAUUUCGAGGUCUGACAGACUUGAGAUAUUUGGACUUGGGUGAUAACAACAUCUGGAUUUUACCCUCUGAAAUAUUCUGUCCACUUUACAACUUAAAAGAACUUAACAUUACUCAGAACCGUCUGCAGGAUAUUUCGAACUUGGGAUUUUCGGAUUGGGGAAACGGCCCCACAGCGCCAGGAAAAUCGUGCAACACAGUGUUAGAAACUUUGGAUAUGUCUCACAACGAAAUUAGUGCUUUACCAGACAAUGGGUUAUCGAGUUUACGCGCACUUCAAAAGUUACUUUUACAAAACAAUAGAAUAUCCUCCGUCGCGGACCGUGCUUUUGUGGGAUUAAGUGAUUUGCAAAUACUAAAUCUGUCAACAAAUGCCUUGACUGGGUUGCCUCCUGAGAUGUUUCAGUCGUCAAGAGAUAUCAAACAAAUAUACUUGAAUAACAACUCUUUGAGUGUCCUUGCUCCCGGAUUGUUAGAGGGAUUAGAUCAGUUACAAAUAUUGGACAUGUCUUUUAAUGAACUGACAAGUGAGUGGGUCAACAGAGACACGUUCUCCGGAUUAGUGCGUUUGAUUGUUUUGAAUCUAUCGCAUAACAGAAUAACAAAGAUAGACGCAUUAUUGUUUCAAGAUUUGAACAAUUUACAGUUCUUGAGUCUCGAAUUCAAUAACAUAGCGCGAAUAGCUGACGGCGCUUUUUCUAAUUUGAAAAACCUUCACUCUUUGUCAUUAGCGCAUAAUAACAUAAUUGAGGUUGAUACAAGUCAUUUUUCCAACUUAUACGUAUUGAAUCAAUUGUUUCUCGAUGGAAACAGGAUUACAAAAGUGGACGUGCGCUCCUUUGAAAACAUAACGAAGCUCCACGACUUGGGCCUGAGUGGUAACCAGUUAUCAGAAGUACCGGAAGCUAUAAAAACGUUGAGAUUUUUAACUUCUCUAGACUUGGGCAUGAACAGAAUAACUAAGGUGUCGACGACGCAUUUCGAAGGCUUGGAUGAUUUAUAUGGAUUACGUCUUGUGGGCAACAAAAUAGAAAAAAUAUCGAAAGAUACAUUCGCUGCUUUGCCGUCUUUGCAAAUACUAAAUUUGGCUUCGAACAACAUUGACCAAAUUGAUGAUGGUGCUUUUGCGUCGAACCCUCAGUUGAAAGCUAUCGGUCUCGAUGGUAAUAAAUUAGUAGAUUUAAAGGGCAUAUUCACGAACACGCAACCUCUUGUUUGGUUAAACGUGUCGAACAAUGAAUUACUUUGGUUUGAUUACAGCCAUAUACCAACAAACCUCGAAUGGUUAGACAUGCAUGAAAAUAAAAUAGAGCGGCUCGAAGACACAUAUGGAGUGAAAGAAACGUGUAAUGUGAAAAUGUUAGAUGUGAGUUUUAACAAAAUUAGAAAUAUAGACGAGUUUUCAUUUCCCAGUAGCAUCGAAACAGUGGUUAUAAAUAAUAAUCACAUUGAAAAAAUUAACCCUGGCACGUUUCUUCAAAAAUACAACCUCAAUAAAGUCAUGCUUUAUUCCAAUAAGAUUAAAACUUUGGACGUCGGGGCCUUUGCGAUAUCGUCGGUGUCAGAAGAUAAAGAUUUGCCCGAAUUUUAUAUCAGCGAGAAUCCAUUUGAGUGCGACUGUACAAUGGAGUGGUUACAGCGAAUUAACCAAAUAAGUGACGCUCGGCAACGCCCUAGAGUAAUGGAUUUAGAAAGUGUGAGAUGCUCUUUAACUCAUUCUCGAAGCGAAUUUGAUAUGCUUUUACUAGAAGUCAAAUCGUCGGAAUUCUUAUGCGAGUACGAAUCGCACUGUUUUACUCUGUGCCAUUGUUGUGACUUCGAUGCCUGUGAUUGUAAGAUGACUUGUCCAGAUAAAUGUAUGUGUUAUCACGAUCUCACCUGGAACUCCAACGUAGUCGAUUGUUCGAGCGCCGGCUACGAUCACGUGCCAGAACAAAUACCAAUGGACGCGACUGAAAUCUACUUGGACGGAAACGAUCUCAAAGAAUUAGGAAAUCACGUUUUUAUUGGCAAAAAGAGGUUACAAGUACUUUAUUUAAAUAAUAGUAACAUUAACGCAAUACAAAAUAAAACAUUUAACGGGAUCGAGUCGUUGAGAGUUCUGCAUCUAGAGAAUAAUAACUUAGAAAUUUUGAGAAACACGCAAUUCACCAGGCUUCAGAACCUUAACGAAUUGUACUUGAGUAGUAAUCAAAUCAGAGUCAUAGAGAACGACACGUUUAAUUAUUUACCAUCACUUGAGUUCUUGGACCUUGACAAUAACGGGUACGCUGAUUAUAUGCCAUGGAGAGUCAUUACUGACAACAAUCCUCGCACCCGUGUGUCCGUAGAUGGCAACAAUUGGAUAUGCGAUUGCAAAGAUGUAGCUCAGUUGAAUCAGUGGCUUAUAAAAAAAUCGAAAGACACCGAGAGCAUGAUGUGCUACUUUGCUCACGGCCAGUCCAUGAACAAAACUAUAGCCGCCGUGGCCAAAGAAUGCAAGACUGAGGUUACCACCGUUGAAACUGGAACGGAAAACCUAAAACGGCUAUUCAUUGAAUCAAAUGACGGCGUAGAAAAUUAUAUACCAUACAUCGCGGCGGUAUUGAUUAUAACCAUUAUACUGUUGCUCAUGUGCGCUCUAUUGUUCAUGUUCAGAGACGAUUUUAAGCUAUGGAUGCACUCGCGAUACGGAGUCCGAGUAUUGAGUUCGACUCCAAAGGACAUGAACGACAACAAGAAUAAACGUUUCGAUGCUUUCUUUGUGUAUAAUCAGCGUGACGAAGACUUCGUGACUCGUGCAGUGAGUUCCGAGCUGGAGAAUUCGGGACACACGUUGUGUUUGCAACACAGGGACCUGCAGUUGAUCGAGCGACGAUCCAGCGAUAGUUUAGUUAGUGCCGCGGAGAGUUCGAAGCGACUUAUAAUCGUGUUAUCUAUUAACUUUUUACAACACGAGUGGUACUCGCUCGAAUCCAAAGCGGCCGUGCAAAGUGCUAUAAACUCAGUGAACGUUAGACAUAGACGUCAAAAAAUCAUAUUCCUCGUGACGACAGACUUAAGUGCCAUAAAUAUAGACCCAGAUCUAAAAGUGUUGCUCAAAACGUGUACAGUGAUCGUGUGGGGUGAGAAAAACUGUUGGGAAAAACUAAAUUUUCGGUUACCCGACGUAGACGUGACUUUGCCAAAUCGGACGCUUCAUAACGCGAGUAAUAGUAAGUGUGGCAAUCGGGAGGGCUUCGGGAGGCAUGGUAAUCUAAGGUACACGGCGCCGCCGACGUCCCACGACCCCUGGUACAAGUAUGGGAUGGCCCCUCCUAUUUUAAUGAUGUCUAGUCCCAUGCACUCCACCAGUGCUAGCGCAGAAGUGUCUGCGCGGAGCACUGAAGACGAGACGUGCUCUGUGGCCAGCAGUGAAGGUCGUCCCGACGACCGACUGCCCCAUCACCAUAGUUAUGUGUCUAUAGAUAACCAUCAGUGUGAAGAGCGACCUUUAAGGCCUGCUCAACAAAUACCCAUGUCGAACACGAGGCCCGGUAAUAUGAGAAAGACUUAUUUUGUAUAA